GAAGGAACCGGCGCGGGGGAGGGGAAACAAAUGGCAAAGAACGACCGUUGGUGUGGAAUCGGUUCGAAUCAGUUCUGGAGCAAGGGUCCUUUCGUAAACGGACAGUUGUUGAUUCGCUCCGGCACGGUACGGUUUUGUUGUAACAGUUCUCUUCCGUUGUUUUUGUUUGUUUGCCGAGCGAAGAUAUGCGUGCGUGAUCGUGAAAUCGUGCGCAUAGUGUCAAUAGGAAGAAGGUUGAGUGACAAAGUUUUCUACUGUGAGUGGUUGGUUGAUUUUUUGUUUCGUAUGGUUUAAUAAAAUUCGGUGCGAUUUGGAAAGUAGCAAUCGCAUCUAAAUGUGCAAGUGCAAAAAGUACGACAUUUUGAAAGGAAUUCUGUCGGCUUUAACAAUUGAUCAAUAAAGCGAAGAAGGAAUACAGGUUGUGUGAGAAACGAUCGGUUUUACAGAAAAGGGAAAAAAACAACAGUGACAGUAUGUAGUUAGUGUAACCGACAGCAUGAGUACACCUGUUACGCCAUCGCUGUCGUACACAUCAGGCAAAGCCAGAACGCAAACGUGAUGCGGUGCCGGGCAUGGUUCAGCGGAAAGACAUGCCGUGAUGGCACGACAGGAAUGGUACCUUUUGCGUCUAAUGGCAGUAAACGAGCCCUGACUCGAUUUCGUACGAUGUUAAAUACCAGGACGCUAGUGAAUGCGCACUCGUCCCCUGCAUGGUCGAGGAACUUUCCAUUGCCAUCAAUGGCAAAUGGAAUGAAUUAUUUGUUAUUGGACAGAAUUGAAUGUGAUGCACAUGUUUUUUGUUUGGUUCGUUCUUUACUGUCGGAAUGUGCGCAAUACGUUAAAAACGAGAUGUAAAAACGUUAUGGAAGACGCGUAAAUAGUAGCAACUAUCGUCCAAGAAAUUAGGUCAAUGUGUUUGUCUAAGUCAAUAUCUGUAGGACAUUCUUGAAAACUAGCAAACAGUAGCAAUGUCCACAAGUAGUCCAGUGCUUUGGUUGUUCAACUGAGGGGAGUGAAAACCAUGUGACAAUCCACUUGAGUUCAUGCCGUGUUUUAUCAACAGCGUUAUCAUGAAGUUAAUGCGUGUGCAAUUCUUCCCACUUCAGAGUCAACAACCUCACACGGUGGUGUCGGUCGGUUCUUCUCCAUUGUUGGAAUGUGAUCAAUCUCACCAAGCAAACCGUUGUCACUUUUCCUUUCACGCGCCCUACCCACAUCUCUAACGGGUGAUCGGGUCAAUUGAUCGGUUCCACGUUGCUUCCGCUUGGCCAUGGCCGACAUCCUUGACACUGAGCAGCAUAAGCGCGGACACUCGGUUGUGUAACCUCGACACAAAACCACACCAAAACAAAAAAACGCACGAUGUGACAGAAAAAGCUCACGGUGCUCGCAAUAGAAUUCCACACCUCGGGUGUUGGUGGUUGGUUGAGGAAGUUCUUUCCGCAGGUCCAUUUUCCGCCCAGAUGUGCGGACUGUUUUGUGCAAUGGCUAACGCGAUUUGUUCCUAGUUUGUUCCGGUUUUUAACCUUCACACAAUGCCACGCUGGGCUUUGGUUUGGUUGUGUUGGUGCUCUGGAUGGUGUCCCACCGUGGAGAAGGUGACAUCGUUCCGUUCCGAUGCUUCCUUACGUACCCACGGUCAAGGCCGUUCCGGAGUUGGUUCAAAUUGGCAACAAGCAUCGGCCCACCGACACCGACAGAACGAAAAAAACGAUCGCACAGAAAACGCUGCUUGGGGCCGCUUAAGUGCGGCUUUGUACUCAAUAAGGCUGAUCACCAAAUUCAACGAUCCAACCAGCCAUAGAACCGUGCGGUUGGUAAUUGGGAAGGAAACUAAACUGAAAAUGCAGAACCGCGACGAAUAUCGGCACUGGGGUAGAGGGUUGGUAAUCGGAUCGGCUAGGAAGUAAUCGAAGCAAUAAAAAUAAUCAAUUGGCAGUGGUGUGUAGUUCUACGCUUUACCAACACUAGUGAUUUCAAAAGAAGCUAUUUUAGUCUUCGUUUUGUUGUCGAUUGAAGCAGUUUAAAGUUAAUGAAAGGCGUUUUUUUUAAAGGAGAUUUAGUGAUUUUUUGUUGUGAAGUAAAUACAACGAUCAUGAUAGGGAUUUUGUCCGACAAUUCUUGACAUUGACUCCCCAUGUGACAGAUGACAGCGUAGUAAAAGCGCUCACUAGUGUACGAUAAGAGAAAAACCAAAACACCCCCAAACGUCUUAUGACCUGCUGGACAUAAAGGGAUCGUCGAUGUUGAAGAGAAUGGUAAUCAGCGCGCGUAUUUAGUGCGCAAAUACUGUUUCUCCUUCCGAGCGUAACCGAACAAGAUGGUCACGCCAAUCAAACGUACGGUGUGUGUAACGGCGAUAAAUUGGUUCCGCAGAAAUGAUACCGCCGAAGAGUGGCAUCGACAACGGUGAUAAGCAAUCAAUUGGCUAGACAACGAAUGCACAACGUUACCGAUACGAUACGGGUUUACGACGUCAAUGGUGACAAGAUGAACGCUCACGUGGGCUCUCCUCCAUUUGAGUGGAAGUCAAAAGAAAAAAAAAUAAUCGAAAACACCAUUAGUGAUAAACCCUGGUGGUGGAUAUGGUUUAAUUUGUUUUGUUUUUAAGAAAGUUAGUGAUGCAAUGUGGUGAAAAGAAAAGUUGUUGAUAUGUUGAGCAAAGAAAAAACGUGAAUUGAAAAGAUGUCUUCGGGAUGAGGUACAAUAGUGAUACAUCUAAAGAUUAAUAGAAAAAAAUUGAGAGUUAUUUUGGCAAGCAUACAAACUUCAAUAUAUUGUACCCUCAAGUGUCUAUAAUCGAUUAAUAAUUUCGGGACCAUUGGUAAUUCGUACCUCCAGCAAACUCCAUAUGCUUCGAAGAUAAAGCAUCAAAUUUAUCGUUAUCAGAAAUCGAUUAUGUGCAACCUGCUAUUUUAAUGCUUUUAGUGCAAAUGCAACAUUACUGACGACCGGUUUGGAGUUGUUGGAGCUUCAAGCUCUAAAUUUUAUGAAAUUUUAAAGGUUAAAUUUUCUUGUGAUUUCGUAAACCCCAGGUUCAGGUUCAGUGCCCAGUGUAUGGAUGAAAGUGCUAUAAUUUAUGCCAUAAUAAUAUCGCAGUGCGAGUAACGAAUUACCAUUAGCGUAAGCGUAAGACAUGAUUGAUUUACCAUGUUGAAAGACAAUCAGUGUCAUCAGUGUACGAACCAACGUCGUUAGUGCACCCUCCCCCGCCCCGGGGUUGGUCAUCCCAGCCGGUCUGCCUUGCGGAAGUAGAAACAGACGGUUUUUUUUUUCGCUCGAAGGCCAAUCUCGCCAACCUCACGAUGACGAUCCUUGGCGAACCGUCUGCCGGUGUGGUGCAUCAGCAGCAGCAACAGCAGUUACUAUCACUACAUCAGCAGCUUCGGUCAUCGGCCGCACACAACGGAACUUAUGCCGAACUGUUAACAGCCGCUGGAGAAGGGAGUGACGUAGACAAUGGCAAUAUACAGGAUUUACUCAACGAUACAGAUUCCGAGCUUUCUUCUCUAUCCCAUCUUGAUGCUCCCAACGAUGUGCUGUAUAUGAUAUGUGGAGUCGUCAUCGCCAUGGUCCUCGUGGGCCUCAUCAUAGUUUUAGUUGCAGUUACAAUCAGUAAGCUGAGAAAGCGGGAAGAGUCAUCGACGGUAAGCCCGGUGACGGCGAACAACGUGGAGGCGGCAACACACCACCAUCAUCAUCACCCAUUCAGUAACCAUCAGCUGCAUCACAACGGAACCAGCCAUCCUCAGCAGCAGCAAAACCAUAGUAGCAGUAAUCACCACCACAACCAGCAGAAUGGCGGCAGCAGUCCGGAAACAGGCUACUCCGUACCAACGCCGAUAGCCUUCCGACAGAGUCCGUCUACUGUCUGGGUCUUUCCACCGUUACCACCGCAACCGAACAUCUACAACGCCAGUAGUCAGGACGCGUUAGUACAUAACGAGAAGACCGGCUUCAAGGGACUGAAACGUCAGCUGUCCGGUCGGUUCAAGCGUUUGGUAUCGCGGAAAGCGCACGAACCUGCCCCAGUCAUACCGCCCGAGCUGAAACCACAGCUCAAGACGAUCUACGUGUAUUAAUCAUAAUGAUUUCCAAACGGUUAGAAGCUAAGCAUCGGCGUAGGUCGCGCGGUGCACAAAGUGUAUGCUAAGCUAGCCAGAACGUGAACAGGGGAGACCGCCCUACGUACUGUCUGGUGACACAAGGGCGAAACCUUAGAUAGUUCUGCAAGCUAACGCUAUAGCUAGAUUUCCAUUCCUACUGGGUGUGUGUGGCGAAGGUGCGUAUGCUAGAACUGUUUCGUUAAUGUUCUACGCAAGAAGAAAACGUUACUCUUCAACACACACACACACACACGUUCGCACACGAGUCAGUUAUGCUCCUCAUCACCACCUAUCGAGAGUAUUCGAAAACGAUACGAAAUGUAUCGGCGGAAGAGGCGCUAGUAGGGCUUAACGUAAUUUAAUUUAUUAUCUUUUUUCCUGGUGCACAAACGCCUCCAACACACUGUUACUACCCCGCCCAAAACAUCCCAACACCACGCAAAACAAAAAAAAAACAGGACAGAAGUGAAUUUAUUCACUAUAACAAAAAAAAACUCAAAUCUUUUUUAGUACACACGACAGAGCCAUUCCUGGCAUAGGAAUUAAAGCACACUAACCACCAACAAAGCGAAGGAACUAGUUGGGGAAGGCAAAAAAAUGAAAAGGGAUUUGUAGGUGCGUGCGAAUUUCGCGUUGAGGUGCAGUUGCAGUUGUGCAGCGUGAAAUUUAAACUAUCUUUAUUUGUGAUUGUUUUUUUUUCUUCUCGGUGCUAAACGAAAGUUUUAUGUUUUUUUCCCCCCUAAUUAAUAUACUUAAGUUUCCAUUCCAAACCCACCCCCCCGUCCUGUGAUCGACACAGUUUGUCCAAAAAACGUAUAACAGAAGUAGUAGUUGGCAUACAUUUUUAACGAAGCAAACUAAAGUAAACGCGUAUUAGUAUUUGUGGUGAUUUUGUUUUUUAGUACAUGCGGCCAACUGCAGCAACGCCCUGAUGUUUAGAACAUUCCAGCCCUAGAAUCUACGCACUUUUCUGUUUUUCAAACCACUACCCAUAUCAAAGGCACGUCGAUCCGAUUUUGUUUUUAGUACAUCUGAAGUUCUCCUGAAUCCUUAUUUUAUCCAAAAUUGGUAACAAAUGUAAUUAAUAUUACGAAUAUUAGUAAACAUUAGAAGAGAAGACUGACACGGCAAAAAAAUAGCAAGCACAAUGAUAAGUACAUCCAAACACACACACACACUCACAGAAACACCGACAACCAUCCAAUGUUCCCGAAUUGUGAAAGCCGACCAACUUUUCCCCAAAAGGUGUGUGUAGUGUGGAUUCGGAAGGAUCUUUCACACUAUCGGAGCGAUGUGCAAUGGCGAAGGAAUGGAAGAUAGGGUUUAGUAGUUAGACAAAGUUAAACAAAGACAGACAAAGGAGAGUAAAAAGAAAAGAAACAAAAACAGGCUAGCAAAACUCACACAGAAAAAAAAGAAAUAGUAUUAGUAUGUACAAUUUAUUCCGGAUUUAGAAGAAGCAUGUAGACUAUAUUGGACGACCAAUGCCUAACCUUCACUGUGCUAUGCGUUUUAAUGAUAUGUGUUGGCGUGGGCCAAAACCAACCACCGCAAAGCCUUUGUCUUUGGGGUGGUGCUGGGGAAGGUUUACUUAGUGCCCGCGUUGGCUGACGAUUCGAUAAGGAAGAAUGUAAAGGAGAAGGAUUCGCGAAUGUUGAUGCCACGGACGCAUAUACGCACACGGACACAGAGACAAGGGGAUCGGAGUUUAUAUUUCUUUUAAUUGGACGCGUUGACGGUUGCAUUAUUAGUGCUGAUUCCUUCGAAUCUCUAGAAAUGUAAUGACAGUUACGAAAAGAUCCUUGCUGUUUGCAUAAGCGAAUAAUUUAUGCGUGUCCGUGUGCGGUUGUGCGCAUUUUAGGGAAUCUGGCCCCGGUUUCAUUUUGCUAUUUUGUUUUAAAUCUUAGGACAGUGCUAUUGUAAAAGUAGAAACGUGAGAGAGAGAGA